AGUUGGAUUGAGUUUCAGGAGCUACUAUAUAUAAAGCUGGGGCGACUUAUGUCACCGCACUAAUUAAAUGCCAUCUGGGUGGUUCCUCUGGGUUUUUGAGCCCAUCACCCAGUUCAGACCGAGUCAGAGGCCAAGGAGGAGAACAUGAUGAUGGACCUUUUUGAAACUGGCUCCUAUUUCUUCUACUUGGACGGGGAAAAUGUUACCCUGCAGCCGUUAGAAGUGGCCGAGGGCUCUCCUUUGUAUCCAGGGAGCGAUGGUACCCUGUCCCCCUGCCAGGACCAAAUGCCCCCGGAAGCUGGGAGCGACAGCAGCGGCGAGGAACACGUCCUGGCGCCCCCAGGCCUGCAGCCUCCUCACUGCCCUGGCCAGUGUUUGAUCUGGGCCUGCAAGACCUGCAAGAGAAAAUCUGCCCCCACCGACCGGCGGAAAGCCGCCACCCUGCGCGAGAGGAGGCGGCUAAAGAAAAUCAACGAGGCCUUCGAGGCACUAAAGCGGCGGACUGUGGCCAACCCCAACCAGAGGCUGCCCAAGGUGGAGAUUCUACGGAGCGCCAUCAGCUACAUCGAGCGGCUGCAGGACCUGCUGCACCGGCUGGACCAGCAGGAGAAAAUGCAGGAGCUGGGGGUGGACCCCUUCAGCUACCGACCCAAGCAGGAGAAUCUUGAGGGUGCGGAUUUCCUGCGCACCUGCAGCUCCCAGUGGCCAAGCGUUUCGGAUCAUUCCAGGGGGCUCGUGAUAAGCGCCAAGGAAGGAGGGGCAAAUAUUGAUUCGUCGGCCUCGAGUAGCCUUCGAUGCCUUUCUUCCAUCGUGGACAGUAUUUCCUCGGAGGAACGCAAACUCCCCUGCGUGGAGGAGGUGGUGGAGAAGUAACUCGGCGCCGGUGGUCGGGACGUUCUCCACGCAGCAGGAAGAUCCCACCCUCCCUCCUUCGCCUAAUCCUUUAGAUGAGGUCACAUUACAUGAAUAUUUAGGAACGCGGACCCAGGAGUUUACGAAAGGGAAGGAGAUGCUCACAAAGAAACUUCUGGGAAACUUGUGCACGCCAGAAUGAAAAAAAUUAAGCCCUUUGGCUUCGGGCUUUUAUUUUUGGAACUGCGAGUGGCUUAGGUCUAGCGGCCUUAUUUUGUUCUUGUUUGAUUGGUUUUGUAAUAUACUUACAUUUAUUACGGCUAUCCUUUUGCGCCAUGUUCAAACAGUUCAUUCCUGUCUAAAGCGAAGUGGAAACGUUGCAUUUAAAUGUUAGUGGUAUUGAAUAUAUUUUUGUAAAUAAUGUUAGUACUUUCGUUUUUUUUAUGUAAACCUAAGAAAUCCAUUUUAAAUGUGGAAUGACGUAUUUGCAUAUAAAAUGUGCGAGGAUCCUGGUAUUGUAAUAUUAAAAAAAUAAGUUUCUAUAUGCACAAAGUUGGUCCUAAUUUGAUUCAACUGAAGAAAAAUGGUUGAGGGCAUGUGUGCAACAAAGAGGAGCCCUAUUUUAACUUGGACACCACACAGCCCAUACUUUUUUGGUGUUUUCUAAAAGGCUGGCUUAAAAGGAGGAAAACUGGUAGUUUUGCUAUGCGUGAAUUAAACUGUUCACUUUGCUCUCCCACGUAGACUUCACACCUGUGGUCAGGAAUGCAGAAUACCCGGACUCUGCCAGUCUUUCUUCUUUCAGCAUCCUGUUUCUUUCUGUUUUAACUGUUCUAUAUCUGGAGAUGUGGGUAGGAUUUACCUUCAGAAGUUAACAGCUGGAUUCUCAGUCCAGUGAAAUGUCCUUGUUGCAAGAAAUUGCCACACAAAAACUUUCUGUUUAUUUCCCUACAAAGAUCUUCAGUGAAUUUAGCCCAAAUUGCUUUCCUUCAUUGGCUUUCCAGGCCCCACCUUCCAUGAAGCAGCCUUCAUCUGGAGGACCCAGGGGCUGCCCCGGCCCCCUCCCUGGGUUUCUUGAGCUGAACUAGUGGCUAGAACACCAGAAUACCCUCACGGCCUCGUGGCCUGGGUUUGUUUUCCAGUCAGAAUGCUGAGAGCAGGAGACAAUCUGUCUCUUCCCGGAGGGUGGGCUUCUUUGAAGGAAGGGUUGCUUCAGAGAAGGAAGGGUUAAAUGGUUGAGGUCAAAAGACACCACCACACAUGAAACCUCUUAGCUGGACCAAAUAGCAAAGCCCUAGAGAGGCUAGAAGCCCCAGGAGCUCCUCACCGUGAGGAUUUUACGACGUGUGCCAAGUCUGUUUAUCCUGUAACCUCAGGAAGAACCGACCACCAUGAAUCGCAGUGGGCAGUGAAGCCGAGGGGAGGGACAGCCAUUGUUUGGAAUUGCUACUUCUCUCUAACAUUCUAUAAAAGGCACCUUCACUCUCAGACCCCUUCCCCACCCUUAACUUCUUCCUUCCUUCUUUUUCCCCACAGCUAGUCCUUGGUUCACAGAUGUGGAAAUCAAACCGAAUUCAGUAUUUCCCAGUCUUUCUUCCUAACACUUCAGUCCGGACCUCCCAGUUGCACACCAGAUACUGCCACAGACAAUGUCCCCUGCAGGCACAAGGCCGUAUCUUGCCCCUUUUCUGUCUCAAAAGGCCUUUUCAUGAGGGAAAUACUUUGUUUUCUGAGCAUCUGGAUGAUUCUAGUUACUCCUAGAAUACUUCUAAAUGCAGAAAGGUUUAUAGAGGAAACUGACAUGGACAUAUAAGCCCUCCCAAAUGUUUGAGAAAAGCAGGCAGGCAUGUUAGUGAAUACAAACUGCUGAGUUUCUGUGGCUGUUGACUACCUGGCUUGAGUCCCGGCAACUGCUGUUUAGCUUCGGACUGUCCCUGCACCCCUCUUCUCCCGGUUUCCUCAUUAUAAAGUAAUGGGAAUGACAAUAAUAGUGCUUAACUCCUGGGGUUGUGAAGAUUCGCUAAAAUAACACAUGUAAAGUGCUUCGCCAAAACAGAGCACAAA